AUGAGCUCAGAAGGUCCAUUUGCCAAGAGGGCCAAACUCAAUUCGUCAACUGGUAGUGCGGAGUCCAAGCCUUGGGUCGAAAAAUAUCGUCCUAGGAAGCUAGAAGAUGUUGCGGCUCAAGAUCAUACAAUUACUGUUUUGAAGAAGACAUUACAGUCUGCAAAUCUUCCGCAUAUGCUUUUUUAUGGUCCACCGGGUACAGGUAAGACAUCAACAAUUCUCGCCCUAACCAAAGAGCUUUACGGGCCAGAACUCGCCAAGACAAGAGUCUUGGAGCUAAAUGCAUCCGAUGAACGUGGUAUUGCCAUUGUGAGAGAGAAGGUCAAGAAUUUUGCACGUUUGACAGUGUCUAAGCCUUCGAAAAAGGAUCUUGAACAGUAUCCUUGUCCGCCUUAUAAAGUCAUUAUCCUAGAUGAGGCAGAUUCCAUGACCGCGGAUGCCCAGAGUGCACUUCGUCGAACCAUGGAAAAUUAUUCUAACGUUACCAGAUUCUGCCUUAUUUGUAAUUAUGUGACCAGAAUCAUUGACCCGUUAGCUUCGAGAUGCUCAAAGUUUAGAUUCAAAGCUUUGGAUUCGAACAACGCAUUGGCUCGUGUCACUCAGGUUGCCACGCAGGAAAAUUUGAUUUACGAAAAAGGCGUGUUGGAGAAAAUACUGGAUCUUUCGCAAGGUGACCUUAGAAGAGCCAUCAUGUUGCUACAAUCGUCUUCCAAAAUUGUCAAACAUUUGGAAACCCCCGAGAUAACGGCUCUUACCGUCGAUGAGUUAGCAGGAACCAUACCAGAAGAUUUGAUGGAAAAUUUGGUAUCGAUUAUAUCUGGGGCAGACUUAAGCCGCAUUUCGGAGUACAUAAAUGGGUUGAUGAGAAGUGGAUGGAGUGGAGCAGCUGUGGUUAACCAGUUACACGAAUAUUACAUCAGUCAUAAAGAACUCUCAACAGCUUUCAAGAACCAAGCUGCGUGGAAUCUUUUUGAUACGGAUUCAAAAUUAACAAACGGUACAAACGAGCACUUACAAUUGCUGAACCUGGCGUUUGGGAUCGCAGAGCUACAUAGAAAGGAAAUUUAG